AUGGAAUCACUGAAAAGCAACCCGCGAAAACAAGACAAACUUUCUCACAAUGCUGCUUCAAAGGUCACGUCGCACGUCGAUGAGUCUUCCGACGAAAACAACGACGGCGCUCUGAAGUUUGACGUUGAUGGCGUCGACGACAGUGAUACGUCUGAGUCCUCGAUUGAGCUAGAGAAACGCCUGCCGAAAAUCACGAGACCUACCGAAACGAGCAAGAUUUUGGCAAUUGAUGACGACGAUGGUGACGAUGACGACGAAGAGGACGAAGAGGACGAAGAUAUCCCUGUUUCAGACCUUGAAGAUCUGGACGAGGAAGAACGUGAAGACAUGAUCCCACACACCCGCUUAACCAUAAAUAACACGUCUGCCCUCCUCGCCUCUCUUGAUCGCAUAUCCAUUCCUACAGGAGCCUCUGUACCAUUCACAACGCACCAAAUCGUUGUAUCUUCUGAUAAGACAGCAGCCUCUAUCCCUGAUGUGUCGGAUGAUCUUCAGCGAGAGCUUGCUUUCUAUACCCAGUGCCUCGAAGCCGCUCGACAGGGUCGAAACAAGCUUCUAGCCGACGGUGUGCCGUUUUCCCGACCAAAGGACUACUUUGCUGAAAUGGUCAAGGAAGAUGCGCACAUGGAGAAGGUCAAGGCAAAGCUAGUGGAGGAAGCGUCCGCGAAAAAGGCCUCCGCCGAGGCGCGAAAACAGCGUGACCUGAAGAAGUUCGGCAAACAAGUACAAGUCGCAAAAUUGCAAGAGCGACAGAAGGCCAAACGUGAAACGCUGGAGAAGAUCAAGACUUUGAAGAGAAAGCGUCAAGAGUCCAGCGGAGACGUCGGCACCAAGGAGGGUGAUUUGUUUGAUGUGGCUGUUGACGACGAGAUCUCCAAGCACUCUCAGCGAUCUAGAUCGAAUGGGAAGCGCCUGAAGAAAAAUGAGAAAUUUGGCUUCGGGGGUAAAAAGAAGCACAUCAAAUCCGGGGACGCGACGAGCUCGGGCGAUUUGAGCGGUUUCAAUGCCAAGAAGAUGAAGGCUGGCAGCAAGUAUAAGAAAGGCACCAGUCGCCCCGGUAAGAGCCGGAGAAAGGCCAUGUCGAGCAAGUAA